AUGGAUCCUAGCAACCCUUAUCGUUUUUGGGAUCAAAAUUUUGUUGAUCUUUUGAAUUCUCAAAAAGACUCCAACUGUUCUGUUAAUCAUAUUCCUCCAAAUUCCACCCAAUCCUCUCAGACUAUUCAGUUUAGUAACCCAUUCUCUUCUCAGCCUUUAAACAUUAGCCCUCCAUUCUCUUCACAGCCUCCUAACCAGACUCCGAUAUCUGAAUCUGAAGACUGUUUUGGGGUUACGGUAGAUGAGAUUGAUGAAGAAGGAGGCAGAGGAGUUAGGAAGCGAUGGAGUGCAGAAGAGGAUGUCUAUCUAAUAAGUGCUUGGUUAAACACAAGCAAAGAUCCAAUGGUAAGCAAAGAGCAGAGGAAAAAUAGUUUCUGGAAGAGGGUUGCAGACUAUUACAAAGCUCAUGUUGGAGGAACCGGUUCAAACGCAAGAGGGACUUCACAAUGUAAGGCAAGGUGGAAUAAGAUAAACCACCAAAUCAACAAGUUUGUUGGGUGUUACGCACAAGCGAGUACAAGAAGGAAAAGUGGAGAAUCAGAAGAUGUUGUUUUGAGAAUGGCAGAACUGAAGAAUGAUCAGAAAUGGAUCACAGAACACCAUGAGAAAUGUGGCAUUAAGCGGACUAAGCUUGCUUAUGAAGGAGAAUUCGCAGCUACUUCGAGCAACGGUGGAGAUGAGAUGAGGCCUCUGGGGGUUAAAGCUGCCAAGAAGAAAGGAAAUAAACCAGCAGUUAGUAGUGAUGUUCCGGAUGGUUCUGUCGAUAGGUUGGAUAAGAUAAUAGCAAUGAAGGAUCAAGAACAGGCGGCUAAAGAGAGGCAUGGCAAAAUGAGAUUGUUAGACAGCCUGCUUAACAAGAGUGAACUAACACCCGCUGAAGUACUACUUAGAGACAAACUCCUUGAUCAAAUGUUGACAAAUAUUUAG